AUGGUUACAGGUUUGAAAGUAGAGGACAUAAUUGAAGGUGCCCUCAAUUUUACACCAUGGAAGGUCUGUAUCCUCCUUUCCCUUGAAGAAUUAGAGCUAUUACAGUUUGUGGAAGAUAAGGAUCUGACUGAGCCUUCGGAUCCGAAUGAGCUAAAACAAUUCAAGAUGAAUGCUCUCAAGGCAAAGAAGUUCCUUAUUGAUUUCAUGAAGGAUCAUCUUGUUCUAGUUAUCUCCAAAUUGAAGAGAGCCCGAAAGAUGUUUAAACAUCUAGAAGGGAUGUAUGAGAUCAACAACAUCAGUCCGGCACUUACAUUGAGGCAGCAACUUCUUCAAGUCAAAAUGAGCAAAGGAGAUUUAGUCAUGUCCUUCUUCAUGAAAACUUCAGAAUUGAAGGACCAACUCACCACCAUUGGAAGCGAAGUUGUGGACAAAGAUAUUGUCAUGAUUGCUUUGAAUGGUCUUCCUGACUCUUGGAAUCCAUUCAUUCAAAGCAUAACUGGAAGAGCUGAAUUUCCUUCCUUUGAUCGCCUUCGGUCAGAUUGCAUUCAAGAGGAGUCAUGCCUAGCUGCAAGAGGAAUGCAUAAAGGCACUCAUGGAGGAGAUCAACAAUGUAGUGGUGCAUCUAGACAUAUCACGAGAUAUCAAAAGCAUCUCUCAGACUUGAUGGAGAAAGAGUCCAACCUUCAUGUGGUAAUUGGUGAUGAUGUUCGGUAUUCGGACCUGCAGACUUUCUUAUGGGCCGAAGCAUCCAAGAUUGCAGUGUACAUUCAGAAUAGAUGCCCUCACCGUCGUCUGAAGAACAUAACUCCCAAGGAAGCUUUCACUGAAGUGAAACCAGAUAUCAACCACCUAAGGAUCUUUGGAAAACCUGUCAAUGUUCAUGCACCAAAGGAAAAGAGGACUAAGCUAGAGCCUUCCGGGAAGAAAGGUAUCCUUGUUGGAUAUAGUGAAUCCUCCAAGGCAUUUCACAUCUACAUUCCCGAUCAAAGGUAUAUUGAGAGGGAGUCUUCUAUGUUUCCCGAACCUAUUGAGCAUGGUGAUCCUUUUGAGCCUCUAGAUCCAACUAAUGGACCCAGAGAUAUUGCAGUAAGCAAGAAAAGGCCACUCUGGGCUAGAAGUACAUUGCAAGAAGCAGAAAAGUUUGCAACUCCUAGUGGCACUUUCAAAAAAAGUAAAAGACCUCAGAAGUUCUCCAACUAUGUUGCAAUGAUGUGCAACAUCAUUGAGACUGAACCAUCCAACACAAAAAAUGCUAUAAGUCAACAAGCUUGGAAGCAAGCCAUGGAUGAAAAAUACAAGUCCAUCAUCCAGAAUGAUGUCUGGGAUAUUGUUCCCAGAACUAAAGUGAGUGCACUCAGGCAGUUUAUGAACAAGCCAAAGCAUGUUCACCUUGUUGCAGCCAAACAUAUUCUGAGAUAUUUGUGUGGAACUGAAACAAUCCUCUGUAGCCUUAGUACUGCAGAAGCUGAGUAUAUUGCAUCCACUGUCACAUCGAGAGAAGCAGUGUGGCUUCAAAAGCUUCUUGUUGGAGGUGCCUUACAACUGAAAUAUGUCAGCAUUGAUGAGCAGGUUGCGGACGUUCUCACCAAGCCCCUUGCUCGUGUGAAGUUUGAAUACUUCAGAGAUAGGCUUGGAAUUGUGGAGAAUCCAACUAUAACUGAGAGAGAGUCACAGUCUCGGUGA